AUCAGUCCCACAAAACGCUCUGUGCCGUACAAACGCCCGCCGAUCCAAUCCGUUUACUCUGUCCAGGAUCUGCAGUAUCCCUGGACAUAGCGCUCUCCGGUGCACACGCGCCAUGGAGGAUUACUCGUACGCCUACAUCUCCGAGCCCGUGGAGUUUCGGCAGCUGGAGGGCCGGGCCAUUGACUUCCGCAAGACCUUCGAUCUGCGGGGCCAGGGUGGCGACGAAAUGCUCCAGCUGUACCUGCGGAAGGCCAACCUGUCCGACGACCUCGAGCGUCUGCCGGCUAUUAAGCGGCGCGCUUACGUCUAUGACAUAAUUAGGAGCAAUAAGGGUCCCGGUUACUGGGUGCCUCCUUCCAUGCAAGUGAGCACCGACGUCUUCGCCCAUCCGCCGCCCGCAGUUCGUCCACCGCCUUCCUACACCGACAACGCCAGCUACAACGCCAGUCUCGACGGCAUGAACAGCUCCUCCUCCUCGAACAGCCUGGACAGGUAUGUGGGCGCCCCGCCCUGUGUGGCUCUGGCCGGUCCCAGCUUCGCCACCAGCGUCCUGGUCAGCAAGAAGGGCUCCAAGUACGAGAUCAGCGGACCAGUCAACUUUCAGCACGUCUCUGGAGAUGUGUUGCGGGAUCGGACGCGAAACGCCUUCGAUCUGAACGCCGACUCCAACGACAAGGUGCUGAGGAAGUACAUGAUGGAGCGGGGCAUCACGGAGGAGGACAUAAGCGGUAUGCGACACCAAGAUGUGGUCAAGAAGAUUGUCCAUUCCAAUUAUACAUGGAUGCCAUCAAAGGGCGAUCUGGAGGCAAAGCCACGAGUCCAGGAGCCGGCCAGGCCGCUGCUCUAUGCCACCAUUUCCACCAACAACACAAUUACUCCUCCUCCCUCGCCCCCGCCGCCUUCAGUGGCCUCUGUUUCGAAGCCAUCGGCUGCUCCGAACUUCUCCAACUACGCCUCGCUCACGUCGCGGUUUGUGGAUAUCACCGACUUGGAUUUGCCUGGUCCAGCACCGGCUGCUCCAGAGCAUGUUAAUGCCAGACGGCAGGAGGUGGGAUCAGUGAUUCCCGUCCAGGUUCAACCGCAGCAGGUGAACAGGCCAAAGGUUCCGCCGCCUCCUUCGGCGGUCACGGCGAAAAAUACACAUGGCUAUCCGGCGGCCAUCGACAUUCGCCAAGUGCGCCCCUCGGUUCCACCCAAGGUGUCCAGUGAGACGUAUGCCACCAUAGCGCCACAACGAAAGGCGGGCACCAUGCGCAUACCACCGCCAGCGCCUCCUAAGCCAUCGAUAGUGCCCAAUACCAACUCGGUGGCUUCCAUGGGAUCGCUGUACGCUGUGUCCCCGGUGCAGCAUGCGCCAGUUGCCAAGCCACCGCCACCUGCUCCUCCGGCCAAGCCGACUUCAAGGAUUCCAUCUGCCUAUGUCCCACCGACGCCGGUGCAGAAUAUAAAGAAUACUGGCGGUCAGGUGCCACUUCCUCCACCUCCUCCACCAGUUGCAACUGCAGCAGUGCCACCCCCGCCGCCCCCAAUGCCAGUUGCAGCUGCAGGAGGAGCUCCUCCUCCACCGCCGCCCCCACCAGCUGUCUUGGGAGGAGUUCCGCCACCGCCUCCAAUGCAGAAGACACAGCCCCAGGCUGCUCCUCCUGCCAACUCCGGCGGAGACCCGAGGGAUGCGUUCCUGGCCAGUAUACGUCAGGGAGUUGCAUUAAAGAAAGUGGAUCAAAAGGCAGCCACCAUAAGCGGUAUCAAGCCACGUCCGGAACAAAAGCCAGCAACCACCGAUUUCCUGAGUGAGCUAAAGCUGGGAAUAACUCUAAGACGAAUCAAAAAUCCAGCAGAUAAUCCCUAUUCUGAGGAAUCAGAAUCGCAAGCGUAACUUAAACGAUUUCACCGUUAAACUUUUGACUGCGCCGCGUUUUACAACACUGAACCGGGCUGCCAGACUGAGAAAAUCGGCCUUUAUUUAAAAUUCCGCAAAAAUACUUUUAAUAUUAUUAUUAAUCACCAUGACAAAUGCACCUUAACGUUUGUUAAUAAACUUGUUUUCGCUAGA